CCCACUCUCGCAGUCAGCGUCUGGAGCUGCCUGCCUGCGCCUUCACCUUCCUGUGUGUCCCGGCGUCUGAAACCCAAACACGAGAAAGAGGAAGACUACACAGCGCCCUCAUGGGAGAACGCACGAUUUGUUUUUUUUUAAGAAACACGAUGGCUUAUAUAUGAGGAGGACACUUUGAGAUGCGGACAUAAAUAAGAAAGAGUCUUCACGGAGAGAAGCGCAUGAGAAGACACAACGCUGUCCGUCCUGUCUCCGUCACCGAGAAGGACUCCUCCCCACCUCGGCAGUGACACCUCCGGUAAAACGCCGAGAAAGGAUAACAGUUUUCUUUUUUUACGCUGGAGACGAAGGACCGAGUCUAACAUUACCAUUCAUCUGCCACUGACGGACUGUAUGGCUUUAAAAAGUUGCCUGGAAAACAUGGACAUCUGACGUGAGCCACACGGCGUCAUUGGACACAUUGAACCUCUCUCUCUCUCCCUCUUUCGCUCUCUCUCUCUCUUCUCCAUCACAUCUUGGACUGACUAAUCCCCUGCGCUUUGGGCUUGGAGUAAGAAGUGUUCAGCAGUUGUCAUUUGCCCUGACACAGGCUACACCAAUAGCUCCCUACAUAAGGGGAAAAUCACCCACACCACAGAAGACACUGUCUGUUGUUUUGCGCAUUUAGUGUGCGCGCCGAUCUCUCUGCUUGUGCAUCAGUAGGAGAACUAUUUUGUCAGCCCACCACGGAUGUGUCAGCGCUGACAUCCUGCAUGGCACAAAGCCUGUGUGAUUCAUCUGGACCCUCGACCUGCAUCCGAGAGACAACCCAGUGACGCGUCGGUUUUUGUAACUUUAAAUUUCAACCUGAGCCGAAGUGUCAUCUCAAGUGUCCCUCUGAAUGGUUCUCGCUGUCCGUUGUGCUCAUUUGUACUUGUUUAGCAUUCACGAACUGCGCCAGCAAACACACGGCCACAUGUGAAUGAGACACUCAUCAGCUGUCCCGGUUCAAGCGCCCGUACAACUCGACUGACUGACCGACACUGAAGAGGAAUACGUGCCGAAGUUUCGCUGUAGUGAUGCUGCAAAUGGAAAUGGUCAUCUUCGUCUGCCUGGGGCUGUUGAUGUGUGUAUUUAGCCAAGAGCCCAGUUCCAAAGUGGUGGCCGACCGCUACGCCGUCUUCUGGAACCGGACCAACGCCAAGUUCCAUCGUGGAGACUACCACAUCGACGUGUGCAUAAACGACUACUUGGAUGUCUACUGUCCUCACUAUGAAGACACAGUUCCCGAGGAGCGGACAGAGCGCUACGUCCUCUACAUGGUUAACUACGACGGCUACAGCACGUGCGAUCACACCGCCAAGGGCUUCAAACGCUGGGAGUGCAACAGGCCGCACUCCCCGAACGGACCGCUCAAGUUUUCGGAGAAGUUCCAGCUCUUCACUCCCUUCUCCUUGGGCUUUGAGUUCAGACCGGGCAGAGAAUACUACUACAUAUCGUCCACCAUUGCCGAGAACGGGAGGAAAACAUGCCUGAAGCUCAAAGUUUUUGUCCGACCAUCAAACAGCUGUGUGAAAACUAUAGGCGUACAUGACCGCGUUUUUGAUGUAAACGACAAAGUAGACAAUACAUUAGAACCACGAGAUGAUACCAGCCAUGAACCGGCUGAGCCUUCCCGAAGUGAUGAAACAAAUGCUGCGCCACACCUGCAGAAAACAAGUCCGCUCCUGGCUUUGUUGCUGGUCUGCCUAUCAACACUCUUCACUUUAUAGCGCCUCCCUCUGUCCCGGAGGGCAUUAACACCUAGCGUGGCCUGAGUCUGCCCGAGGCUGCAGGGGGGAAAGGGGCGGGAUUUGGGUGGAGCGUGUUUGCUUGAUUGGGCAUCAGAGCAGGCUUCUCAAGGAUCCCUCUAUUUUUUUCAGAAAUCUAUUUAAGUGGUCUUUCUCUGUCUGUGAGUGAAAAAAAGUUGAUGUUGGAAGUGGGAGAGACAAUUCCCCCUCUCGAACCGUCAACUAAGAUGCCAAAUCCCGUUUUUUGACACUUAGUGAUUCUUAUUUUCCGGUGACUUUUGACAUCCCUUUACAUCCUUUUUUUAUGUCAUUGCAGCACUGAUGUUUACCCACACACACACACACACACAUACACAUACACACAGACACAUGCUUAGAGAGUCACAUGCAAGACACUACACUAACAGUCAAUAGCAGUAGGGUUUUUACAUUUGAUACAGUGGUAGCAGUACACAGUUAGAAAGUGAAGAUAUUAGGUCUUAGAAAGAACUGUACAUACACAAAUAAAAAGUUGUCCCGAGACCUUUCGAGAAGCCUUUGGGAAAACAUUUGAAUCAAGUUCUGCAGGAUCAUAAGAAGCAGAUUUGCUCCAUUUCUCUAGGACGUGAAGUGCAAAGCUGAAAGAUGAAGAUGGAGAAGAAGACGAGUUUUAAGCAGAGGUCCGAGUGGAAACCACAGCACUGAGAAAUACGGACAGUACAUGACAUGCACCUUAGCCUUCCGAUCUUCAGACUGUCCCGGUUGAAAGAUAGCACCCAA